AUGACCCCGUCGUCGGAACCAAUAUCUGAGCCGCCGGAAGUACUACAUCUUCGGGUUCCGGAUCAUCCACGUCAGAUGACUGUAGUCCAUCCGGGACUUUCACGUGUCACGGCGAAACUAAAUCCACGUACACGUGCUCGCCACCUAGUCACCACCGACAAGCAUGAGGACGGAGGGGAUCCAUCGGAAGGCGAUGGCUUCUACCACCAUAACUGUGAAAGUGUGGUGGCGCUUUCCACCGGGUGGUUCUCCGACGGGUCGAGGUGGGGGAAGAUGAUCAGAAUCACCGCCGGUAACGGCAGAAGCACGACGGCGAUAGUGGUGGACGAGUGUGACUCGAUGCAUGGUUGCAACGAAGAGCAUGCAUUUCAGCCGCCGUGUGAUAAUUACAUUGUGGAUGCUUCGGAGGCUGUGUGGAAUGCAUUAGGUUUGGAUGAACACGAAGGCCGAGUUCAGAUCACUUGGUCCGUGGUCUAA